AUGAUCGACGAAGAAUCUCCGGUUAAAGAUAAGUUUUCGAAAUCAUUUCCAGACAUGACGAAGAAGAGAACAUCGAUAAAAGUGACAAUUAUUUUACCACCAGUGGGGUGGGAUCCGAAAAGCACGUGCCCGAACGUCAUGCUCGCUGCGUACAUUUCGGUGCCUUGCCUUAGUGGCACCGAUAGCACAAGCUUUGAGUAUCAUGUGAUGGCAAGGCCGAUGAAUUACCGCUAUGGCUGCGCUCAUACCGACGUCGACUUUGCAGCUAGUGACCGCAACAAUGGUCCAUCAAACAAUGUGAAGCAAAGCUCUUUGGCACUUUCGCCUAACGAAGCGGAAUGCGUCGCUGCGACGGUGGACUCUUAA